AUGGUACAAAACUGGACUGUAAAAGGUGCUUGGAAGAUGUAUAAAUACUCAGAGUUUUCAAGGAGUCAACACAUUCCAGUUCUCUUUGCUUUAUCAUCCUCAAACGGAAGAUUACCAAUCCCUCUUCAACAUGAAGGUACUCGCUGUUAUCUGCGUCCUCUUUGUCGCCGCCGUUCAGGCCAACCCUCAGUUCAGAGCUCUAAGAGCUAGAGCUUCCGGUUUAGGAGGUGGUUCAGCACCUCAGGCACCACAAGCCAUCUCUGCCUCUCAACCUGCUGUCGGUGCUCCAGCCCAACCUGCAUACCAACCAAGUUAUCAAGCUCAACCUCAAUUUCAAGCUCAACCACAGUACCAGCAAUUCCAGCCUCAACCCUUUAACUUCGGAAGGUACCCAAAUGCUCCCUUUGGAGGAUUCCAGGCUGUUCAGGGCUAACCUAAACAAAUAAAAGGACUCUAAUAUAUUGUUAAAUAUACCGAGAGAAUGAAAUUUUAGCAGACUAUUGAAAAGCCUGCUAAUUGAAAUAAAGUGCCUAAGCAUUA